AUGCGCUGGUCACAGCUCAGAAUUUUGGGUCGUGACAACUCCUUUGCUGUUGCCAUUGUUAAGCCCAUGCCAGAUGGUCGCUCUAAGAUUAUAGGGGAAAUAUCAGCCUCCAGAUUAUGGAAAUGUGAUUAUUUGGCUGCAGUAUGGGCUUUAGCCAAUCUUUCAGCUGGGCAGUUUGUGAUGGGGGCUGAUGACAAUUUGACUACAAGAUCAUUUCCUGACUUUACAGUCAACUCAACAAAUGGCGAGAAUAAUAUGUUUAAUGAUGGUGGAUCAACAAGAGCAAGGAAAUUCAGCAGCAGAAGCAUUGGUUUCAAUCCAGGAAGCUCAAGUUUUGGAAUUGGCAGGAGCAUGUAUAGGGGCAGAAGUGCACCCCUAACAUGUAAACUUUCGAGUUCAUUGGCUGCUGUCAUGGCUCAGAUGCUAUCUCACAGGGCAACCCAUGUAUGGGUGACUGAGGAUAACGGCGAUGAUGUUUUAGUCGGCAUGGUUGGUUAUGCAGAUAUUCUGAUUGCUGUGACCAAACCACCUUCAUCCUUUAUUCCUGUUAAUCGAUCUUCUGAGGGUUUUGCAGCUGAAGUUCUAAGUUGA